GCAAACAAUGUUUUAUUUUGAAAGCGCGUCAAAGGAAACUCAGCGGUGCGGUCUUCUGACUUGGCGGCUGAUGAAGUUUUGUGGACUUUCGGGACUGUUCGAAAGUUGCCGUCCAGUUCGUUCGGUGGCCGCGCGUCCCGUUCAGCCUCUUUGGACCGGUGACGUGAGCGCGAGAUUCUUCCGGGGCCGGUUGGGCCUUUCGUUUGGCUAGAAACGGCUGACUCGAAGCCUUUUUUUUUUGUUUUGGCGAACGCGGGUCCGGGAAGCUCCCGGGGCUAAAGCUAACGUGACGACGACCGAGCGUGACGGCGUCUGAGCUGCCCACGUCACACGUCAUUCGCCGGUGUCGGUUCGUCUUUCGGCUCGCGUCGUCACGUCCACCUGAGAGAUGGAGGGCCGCGCGAGCAGCUAGCGAGGGGGGGUACGGGGGGGGCAACCCAAAGCGUCCUCACGAUGGCCUCGACCGAGCCGUCGCUCAGCUUUAACCUCCUCCACCGAACGUGCAAACUGGUGGUUCUGCUCUGCUUCCUGCACAUGUCCGUGACCGUCUUCUUCUACGUCCGCUCUCUGGACAUCCGCUUGGGCUUCGUCCAGAACCAGCAGACCGACGCCGGGAGCGCCGCGCCCGCCGCCAGCCGAGCCCCGGAACCCGAAGCGCCAGACGACAAACGCUUGAAGACAUGUCCGCAAACGUCACCCCUGCUCGUGGGUCCUCUGCGGGUGGAGUUCAACGUUGCGGUGAGCCUGGACGCGGUCAGCAAGGCCAACCCGGAAGUGGGGCCGGGCGGCCGCUUCAAGCCCAAAGACUGCGCGGCGCUGCAGAAGGUGGCCAUCGUCAUCCCCUUCCGCAAGCGGGACGAGCACCUCAAGUUCUGGCUCUACUACUUGCACCCCAUCCUGCAGCGUCAGCAGCUCGACUACGGCGUCUACGUCAUCAACCAGGAUGGCGAGGAGAUCUUCAACCGAGCCAAACUGCUGAACGUGGGCUACGUGGAGGCCAUGAAGGAGUACGACUACGACUGUUUUGUCUUCAGCGACGUGGACUUGAUCCCCAUGGACGACCGCAACAUCUACAAGUGCUUCGGCCAGCCCAGGCACUUGUCCGUCUCCAUGGACAAGUUCGGAUUCAGGUUGCCGUACAAGCAGUACUUUGGCGGCGUGUCGUCCAUGAUGAAGGAGCAGUACCUGAAGAUCAACGGCUUCCCCAACAACUACUGGGGCUGGGGGGGCGAGGACGACGACAUCUACAACAGGCUGGCGUCCAAGGGCAUGAGCAUCUCCAGGCCCAGCGGCGAGGUGGGCAAGUGCCGCAUGAUACGCCACGAGAGGGACAAACAGAACGAACCCAACCCUCAGCGGUUCGACCGCAUCGCUCACACCAGGGAGACCAUGAACAAGGACGGCAUCAACUCGCUCUCCUACAAGCUGGUUUCCAAGGAGGCGCUGGCGCUUUACACCAAGAUCACGGUGGACAUCGGAAAGCCCUGAGGAGCGCCCCUGCCGGGCCGCACCUUGCUUUCGCCGCGCAAGAGUCGCCCUUACUCGGUUGCCGCUCCCUCUCAAUCAAUCAAUCCAAUCAAUCCAUCAAUCGAUCCGCCAGCCAUCUUUUUCCUCCUUUUGAUAUUUUGCUUGCUUUUUGAUUGCAAAGUAGUCUCCAAUCGGAGCGUCUUGUUUGACGCGGGUCAUGAAGGAAAACCCGGGACGCAUUGAUCAGCUUUAAGUGUGUGUGUGUGUGUGAGGACUUGCGCUUGUCAUAUCGGCUACGUGCACACUGCCUGGUGUCACACCCACUCCAGAUGUGAAUCCUCGUUUUUUUUUCCCACGUGGCGGUUCACGUCCACGUUGUGACACGCUCGUCGCGUGGCUCAAAUGCGCUCCCGUAUUUCAUCGCCCCCACAAAUGUCCACGUGAUAUUCUAUGAAAUUCAGACAAGCGCCGGCCGUUCACGUCGUUGGUGCCCCGCCCGCGCGGAAUGCGUCGGCGCGUGAAAAGCCUUUUUCCGGGUGGCAUUUGAAAACAUCCGACUGGCGUCCGAUUGUCGGCGAACGGUCCGGGUCACACCGGGACCCCCCAAAAAAAGGUGGGCCUUGAGCCGCAGUGCGAACGUAGCCGCCGACGAGCGUCGUUUAUUCGCAAGCUUUAAUCAUCUCGACACGCGCCUUCGCCGGUUUUUCAAAGCGAGCCGCAUCGGUGAUUCGCCAUCACCUCGAAUGACGGAGAGGCGAUGGCUUCCAAGUGUCCUUCCGCCAAGCGGCGUGACUAUUGAUUGUUGAUCAGCUUUAUUUGUGUCUGCGUUUACUUGAACUUGUGCGCGUGGUCGGCCCCGCUUUCUUGACUUUGACGGAGGAGCCGAGCGGCGACGUUUGUCGUCGCAAUCAUUGCACUUUGGUCACCGUUUUGAAGUGGACUCCUGUUUUCUUCCAAAAUAAAAGCAUGGGAUCAA